ACCGGGGGGCGGCGGCGGAGGGGCGGAGGAGGGAGGAGGGCUCUUGUUUUCCCGGUUUUUCCCCCCGCCCCCGUUCAGGAGCGGACCCCCCCCCCACCCGGGAGAGGGUCCCGCCCCCCCCACCCCUCCCGCCGCUGCGGCGCGGUGGAGCCGGGAGGGUCCCCGAGCCGCCCCCUCCCCUCGCCGCCGCCGGGCCGGGGGCUGCCGCCGCCUCCCACCCCCCGCGGCUGGGUCAUCCCCCCCUCCCGGUCCCUCUGAAUGGGUCUGGUCCCUCAUUCCAGCGUGGAAAUCGAUGAGUUGAAGUUAUGCAUUUGACCUGGAAGAGCCAGGCUGCUGACGCUUUGGGGACCCUGUGAACUGGAACGGGAGAGGAGCCUGCCGGCAGGUGGAAUGGGGCAGCCAUGAACGGCGAUGCCCUGUGCCAGGAGCCCUCCUCCCCGCUCCCCGACUGGAGGGAGUUCUGCAAGCUGCACGCCCAGGCGGCCGCCGUCGACUUCGCCCAGAAGUUCUGCCAGUUCCUGAAGGAGAACCCUCACUACGACACCCCCGGGGCAGAGACCUCCUUCUCCCACCAUUUCACUGCCAACUUCCUGGACAUCUUCAGCCUGGAGGUCAGCCGGGUGUUCGUGUCCGACUCGCCCACCAAGUACAACAUCGUGCCCUUCGUGGGGCUGCAGAACUGCCACGUCCCCUACGGGCGGGAGGUCACCCCGAGGAAGGAGGAGACGUCCACUGAGUCCCUGGACAGCAUGGACACCCCGCUGGGUGCCAGCCGGUACCUGACCCCGGCGCAGCAGGUGCAGGCACGCAAGGUGUCCUCCUACGGCCAGUCCCGCAGCUCGGAGGACGUCUCCAUCCACGCCGCCGCCAAGCCCAAGUUCAAGAAAGGCUUCUCCUUGAGGAACAUGAGCUUGUGCGUGGUGGAUGGCAUGAAGGAGAUGUGGCAUCGCAAGUCCUCUCCGGAGCCGGGCGCCGAGGCUGCCCCGGGCGGCCGGAGGGCCGAGAGGGAGCUGUGGCCGGCCGGGGGCAAGGAGCCUGGGGACCCUCGAGAGAAAUGGACCCACAAGCUGCGCCUGUCCAAGGUGCCCUCCUCCAAGGUGGAGCUGGUGGACAUCCAGAGGGAGGGGACGCUGCGCUACAUGGUGGCCGAUGACACGAACUGUGUGGGGAGCUCACAGUGGCAGAAGUGCCGCCUCCUGCUCCGGAAAGCAGUGAAGGUGGAAGGAGAGAGGUUCCUCCUUGAGUUUUAUGUCCCUCCAAAGGCUUCCAAACCCAAGGUGAGCAUCCCGCUGUCGGCCAUCAUCGAGGUCCGCACCACAAUGCCACUGGAGAUGCCCGACAAAGACAACACCUUCGUCCUAAAGGUGGAGAACGGGGCUGAGUACAUCCUGGAGACCAUCGACUCCCUGCAGAAGCACUCCUGGGUGGCGGAUAUCCAGGACUGCAUUGACCCUGGGGACAGCGGGGACGAUAUUGAGCUGGUGUCCUGUGCACAGGGAGCCUGUCUGCCAGGCAGGACAACCUCCUCCAGCUGCGAGUUCCUGGCUGACGAUGUGCCCAGGCCGCCAGACAGAUGCACCCUGCCCAGUGCUCACAACACCACCACGGCCACCGCCGUCCCCGUGCCCCACGGCCGGAGCAGGGACUCCCUGGGGGAGCUCCUCACCCACGUCCCACUGGAGAACUUCCUGCAGACCCUGGAGUCCUCCCCCACUGCACAUCUCACAGGGGAGGACAGCGAGGCAGAGGCGGAGAUCAACCUCUCUGACUUCCCCUGGUUCCACGGGACUCUCUCUCGGAUCAAGGCGGCUCAGCUGGUGCUCUUCGGGGGCGCCCGGAGCCACGGGUUGUUUGUCAUCCGGCAGAGCGAAACGCGGCCGGGGGAGUAUGUGCUGACCUUCAACUUCCAGGGGAAAGCCAAGCACCUCCGCCUGUCACUGAACGAGAGCGGGCAGUGCCACGUGCAGCACCUCUGGUUCCAGACCAUCUUCGACAUGCUGCGCCACUUCCACACACAUCCCAUCCCCCUGGAGUCGGGCGGAGCAGCCGACAUCACCCUCCGCAGCUAUGUGGUGGCCCAGAGCCCACAGCCCGAUGCCGGCCCCCCACCACCCCUUGUGCCACAGCCCCCGGGCUGCCGGGUCGACCUACCACCUCCACACUACUUCUGCAGCACAGCACCCACCGGCCCGCCGGCCCCACCACCUGCUGAGGGGGUGGCCGUGGCCCCCCCUGUCACUGUCCCUACACCCUACCACCGCCUGGAGGGUGCCCUGGGCCCCCGGAGCCGCAGCGACAGCACCGAGCGCCGGCCGGAGCCCCCCACCGCCAGUGCCGAGGACUACCACGAGGCUGACAGCGCCCGGAGCCGGACCCGGGCCGUGGAAAACCAGUACUCCUUCUACUGAGCCCCCCACGCCUGGGGGCUGGAUGGUGGGGGGAAGCGGGGCAGCCGUGCCCCUCACCACUCCACCAGCCUCGCCACCUCCUCCUGCCGCCACCAGCAACCAAACCGGGACGUCCUUCUCACUCCCUGCUGUUUUUGGGAGCUGUGUCAGCAGCAGGGGAUGUCCCAGCUGGACCUUGCACCAGCCCCAAGGUUGGGGCAGUGCUGGAGGUUUGGGAGGCUGAAAGAGUCAGUGCCAUUUUGGAGCUUGCAGCCUCUUCUUUUUCCCUCCGGACCAAGAGCUCUCCGAGGGCCGAGCCGAGCUCCCUGCAUCUCCUCCCGGGUAUGACCAUCGUGGGAUGGCAGCCUGGAGCUGUGACAGGCUCCAUUCCCCAGCCAAAGAGCCUUGGCACAUCCAUUCUGGGGCAAGAGCCUAGCAUGGCCAACAUCCUUCUGGCACCAUCACCCUGCAAACCAGCUGCCAAGGGACUCUGGCGUUUUGGGAUGACCAUGGAAAUGGCAGAUCUACGUGCAGAGACUUGCUCAAAUACGUGGAUCACUGAGAGGGCACCACUGAGGGUUUAUCCAGGCUGGCUUUUGGGCUCCCUCUGAGGCAUGUGUUUCCAACCCUCUGCCAGGAGAAGGUUUUUUUUCCAAAGCUUAAUGAAUUGCAUUCAAGAAAGGGUUUUCCUGCUCUCCUGCCUUUUGUGUUCCUUUGUUUCCUUUCUCUCCUUGCUGUACCUACAGAGAAUCCCUGGAUAAUCCCUUUCUUCCUCCGUCUCUUCCUUGCUUUCUCAAAACCUAAGCUCUCUGCAAGGGCAACAGCUCAGCCUUCUGACUGCUCUCUGCCACAGCUGGGUGAUGUUUUCCAUUGCUCAAGGCAAACCUUGGAAAAUAUGACAACACCCCUGCUUUGCAUCAGUUGUUGGUCAUUCAGGAUGUCCAGGGGGGUCAGGCAGAGGCCAGGGGCUGUGUCUGGAGGUGAGGGACAGCCUUGCCCUGCAGGUGUUCAGCUGGGCUCCCAGGAAUGAAAACACUACACAUCUUCAGUAACUGCUAUCAAAAGUUACUGUUUUUUUCUUAGACAAAUAGAAAUGCCCAGGAAGAGCAAAAGGAGUGGGGCUGGUGCCAGGUGGGUGAGCAGCCAGCCAGCACAGGGGGCCAGGCCAGGCUGAUGGGCAGGAUUGCCCUUGCCAGUGGUUGAUGUCCCUCCCCAGCAGCUGUAAAACCCUGCCAGUGAGGGCUGGAGCAGCACUGCUGCCAGGAGGGACCAGGCACGCAGUUGUCACUGCUGCUUGGUGGCUUUUUGACAGAGCAAUGCAGCUACGUGCACCUGGAGGAGGAGGUCCCUGAUGGAGGUGAACCCUGGAGGAGAGUGUAGAGCAGAAACCUGCUGUGGCCAGAUGUGCACUACGUUGAUGCUUUCCCUACAGGUCAUGGAAGCCCUUAGGAUGCUUUUACAGGCCAGAGUCUGUGUGCCUUGUGUGGGGUGGGAGACCCUCUGGAAGGGCAGCUUUGCUUGCAGACAAAGUGCUUGCGUGUCCCUCUUGGUUUGCCUCCCACAGCUUGUCUUACCCAGCACCAGGGCUCCUGGCUCCUUGUGUGGCUGCCAGGUCUGGGUGACAGCGCUCACAUGACCUGAGCCAAGUGGCUUUGGAGUGCCUGGACAGGUUUCCAGGUACAGCAGACCCCACCAUAGCAGCUAGAAGUUACCACUUAGUGCAAAGAGAGGUACAAGACAAGCUACAACCUAACUCAAAAAAACCCCUUGAAUUUGCCUGGAAUUGGGUUGGGCCAAAUUUUUAUUUUUUAGGUGCCUUCUUUCCUGAGCUAGCAAAGCAUGUCCCCAGCACUUGAGUCAUUUGUGCCUCCCGCUUCCAGAGGGCAGGGAAGGUGUCUCCAAGGCUCCUUCUGUGAUGUGACAGCUGUCUUUCUGGCCCAUGGGUGUGUGAGAUGAGAGCUGGUGGAUCUCAUUCCUGCAGGAAAUGCCACCUUCUCCCCAAACACACAGCCCUUCGGAGAGCAGCAGGAGCAGUUUGCUCUUUUGAGGGUAUUUCUUCUUCCUCAGCUCAGCUAAAACCCAGCUUGGAGGAGCCCAUGCGGCAGGGAAAGGCUGAUGGGUUGAUGGGUUUAACCUGGACAUGCUUCCUUCACACACAGAGUGAAUUUUGGAUAUUAUUGGUGAUUUUGGAUAUGGCACAGACAUCAUCACUCUGGUUCCUCAUUGAGGUCCCAAGGGGCUGGAUGGGAGCACUGCCUUACAGACCUUCAGAUACUGGCUGGUUUCUCACUUUUUGUGUCACAGGAUAGGAAAAGGAGGGGGAAGCAAAGAUCUGCAAGCAAAAAUGUUAAUUUGUAAAUAGGGAAGAGUCUGGAAGAGUUUACUGUUGUGUAGAAUAAAUUAAUUUUAUUUAAAAAAAAAGGGGGAGGGGGACUUGAUAAACAAAUGGAGAACUCAAGUUUUGGUUUUAAAAUAAAAUCACUUGCAAAAAGGA